UGUCAUUUGGUAAAAUAAUCUUCUUUAUAGGCAGAAGAUGGCGCCUUAAUUGCAAGAAAAAUAACGAGCAUCAUCUAAUAUUCCAUUUACUACUUAUGACUGAUGUAUCCUAUUUAAAAAACUAACUGUCCUAUUUAAAAAUCGAAUUAUUAUUUAUAAUUUAAUAAUAAGCGAAUAAUAUAACAGUGAUGUAUGUAUAUAUACGCACAAAGAUCAAAAUAUUUUAAUGUAUGGACUUAGGCAAAUGUCAACAAAUUCAUGUGUUGAAAUAUUUCUAUUCCCGGUGUAUGCGAGUACGUACUCAAUAUAUCAAAAUAGUAUUGAAAAUGAGCUUCAAAAUGGACGAUUUACUAGUGACAGAUGCAACUGUUAUUAGAGAGAAAUUUCUCACAACUGGUUGUUCGAAAUUGGACGCGAUAUUAAAAGGCGGUAUACCUUGCCGAGGUAUCACGCAGAUUUACGGUGCUGCUAGCACUGGAAAAACGCAGUUGGCUUUGCAGUUAUGUCUCUCCGUCCAACUGCCAGUAACCGCAGGCGGUCUCGGAGCUGGUGCAAUAUACAUUUGUACAGAAACUGCUUUUCCAUCAAAACGGUUGCAACAAUUAUUGCAUAAUUCAGAAAUAGCUAAGACUCAUUCUGUGAAUGGAGAUGUAAUAUUUGUGACCCACAUAGCUACUAUUGAUGAAUUAGAACUAUGUCUACAGCAUAAAGUUCCAACACUGAUGAAUAUUCAUAAAAUAGGAUUAUUAAUUAUUGAUUCAAUAGCAGCCCCUUAUAGAGUAGAAGAUUGGAAAGAUCAAAUGCAAGGCAGAAGUAAGAGGAAUGUUGGAAGACAAUUACAUGAACUUUGUAAAAAUGAUGAUUUAUGUGUGAUCUGCAUUAAUCAGGUUUCUGCAGUUAUAGAUAAUCACAUUAUUAUUUCUGAAGAUGCGAUUGAACAACCAUCUUUAGGAUUUACUUGGUCAAGCAUGAUCACUUCUUCUAUAUAUUUUUACAGAAGAAAUUUCGCGCGAUAUGCUUGUAUAAUGUUAGCUUCGCACUUGCCAAGAAUUACUUUUCAAUUCAUAGUGAACAAAUCUGGAGUCAAAGUGAUUCAAUAA